UUUCUCAAUCAAUAUCUCCUCGGUUUGCUUUCCGUCGGGAAAUUUUCAACCCAAAGAAUCGAAGAAUUUUGCUAUAAUUUUUUUCAUCUUCCUCUAUGAUUUAGUGAGUGAAAUUAAUUGAGCUUAGAGAAAAUGUGUAUCUUAAGAUAAUUCGUUACUCAGAUAAGAAAUGGUUAGAACUAAACACAACUACUGGACGCUUCUAAGCUAUCUUGCUCGUUAUUUACGUUGUUUUGUAGCGUUAGAUAUGUCGAUACGUGUACAAAGUAGUUCAAUUGAAUUUGCUAACAAAUCGAACAUCCGCCGAGAUCUGUAAAUACUUAUGAAAGAACACGUGUUCUCUUAUACAAGUGGAACAGAGAGUCCCUUGUUCUGAACUUUUCAAAGCUCCGAGACUACUUAGUUAAUCGUUUACACGACCCUCCCCGAAGCAGUAAGACUCUGGCUUAAAGUACCGACAGUCAAUCUUCUGAUCUGUCGCUGCCUCUUGUCGCUCGAAGAUAAUCUUCGCAAUAAAAAUUUUAGAAGAUACAAACAUCGUGUUUCCAUGAUAUGUGCAAGUGUAGAAGAAAAAAAGUUUGCAACAAGAUUACGAGCAUGCUCAAGACGAUACAUUAAUUCUCCGUGAAAGAAACAUAUCCUUUGAAGUUCGGGAUAUUAAUUGUUGGUAGAAUAUGUCUCGGGAGCAUUGCCAAGCAGUGGUCGGUGCAAUCAUGAGAGUCUGCUUUUUAAUUUGGCUGAUGCCGCGUUUGUCAAUUACGACUAUAUCGCUCGACGAAAUAAGCAGAUUCGACAAAAAGUUGUACUUUGAAGUGUCUAGAGAAAAGUUAGAUGUGCCAAUGUUUUUUAAUUUUGAAGAAAAGAGAAGCGUGAAUCAGCAUGAAUCGAACACCACUUUGGAUAGCUUUCAAAAGACAUUGAAAAAGAAAACCGAAACUAUGUCACAUCUUUUAAAAGGUCAUAUUGAUCGAUUGCGAAACGAAACCGAGCAGGUAGAAUUGGUAUUCUUGGUUGAUGCUUCGGGAUCGGUCGGUUUAAAAAAUUUCCAAAGCGAGUUGAACUUUGUAAAAAAUGUUCUGUCCGAUUUCUCCGUCGAGCCUUCCGCAACUAGAGUUGCUAUCGUGACGUUCGGUGGAAGAAAAUACAUUAGACGGAACGUCGAUCAGAUAUCUCGUGCUGAUAAAAAGGACAACAAAUGUUAUUUAUUGAACAAGCAGCUGAAUAAUAUUAGUUACACCGGCGGUGGAACAUACACACGUGGGGCACUAUUCGAAGCUGUUAGGAUCCUCGAGAAGGGCCGAAUGAAAGCGAAGAAGGCGGUGUUUCUCAUAACUGAUGGAUUCAGCAACGGCGGCGAUCCACGUCCUGCGGCGGAGCUUUUGAAACAUGCGGGUGCAACGAUAUUCACUUUUGGAAUAAGAACAGGAAAUGUGGACGAAUUGCACGACAUAGCUAGCUUUCCCGGUGACACGCACAGCUAUUUCCUCGACAGUUUCACAGAGUUCGAAGCUCUAGUUCGACGAGCUUUGCAUCGUGAUUUAAAAGCGGGCAAGUACAUACCAGUGGCAUUCCCAGAUAAUUGCAAUCUUUUGUGCAAGAAUAUCAGCGUAAUCAGAAAUGAGCUAAAUUGUUGCGAUAAUUUCGCGACGUGCGCCUGUGGCACUAUCACCGGCCACUAUUCCUGCAUUUGUCCAGUAGGGUAUUUUGGAUCUGGAUUCAAAAGCUCCUGCCAUCCUUGUCCGAACGGUACAUAUGCAUCGGGAGAAAUAUCCGGCGAUUUCGCGUCCAUGUGCAUACCGUGCCCUGACGUGAAUCAUGUGACUAUCGAUGUACCUGCAACUUCCGUGGAGCAUUGCAUUUGCGCUUCCGGAUUCACCACAGAUGGAUAUAAGUGCGAGGUUAUAACAUGCCCAAAGCUAAAAGUACCAGAAAAUGGAUAUUUGGUAAAAGCAAGCGCAUGCAGCAACGUGGUACACGCGGCAUGUGGCAUAAGAUGUAAAAUCGGCUUUUAUCUGACCGGUGACAGUAUUCGAUUGUGCGGAACUGGUGGCAACUGGUCCGGGAAUGAACCAAAAUGUUUGCUGAAGACGUGUCCAGCGGUUCGUGUUCCUGUGCAUGGACGAAUGCGUUGUCAAACCGAAGAGAACCAACGCUCGAUUGCAAAAGAUUUAGCCGCAUAUCCGAUUGAUACGCGUUGUCAAUUCAAAUGCGAUACUGGUUAUCAACUUCGUGGGAGUAAGAUUCGGAAUUGCUUACCCCUGUCGCAGUGGGAUGGCUUGAAGGCUACGUGUAAAGCCAUAAAAUGUGAACCCUUGAAACAAAUCGCAAACGGACUGAUUUCGCCGAAUAGUUGUUUCGGUCCAGAAAAAUCUCCUUUUGCAAUGAACUGUACGAUAACGUGCAAAGAGGGUUUUAUUCUUCAAGGUCCGCGUUUCAGGUAUUGCGGUGGGAAGUCUGGAGUUUGGUCCCAACGCAAGAUCGUUAACCGUUGUAUAGACAAAACUCCACCUUCAAUAACGUGUCCGUCCAAUAUUAUCACGGAGAACCUACCAGGCAAGAACUAUGCAUACGUAAAUUGGACAAUACCUAAAGUGACUGACAACGUGGAUAAAUCACCCACGUUAUGGAGUAGACCACAAAUCACGUUCCCCUGGAAGUUGAAAAUCGGCACGCGCACGGUAGUGUACGUUGCGCAAGAUUCGUCCGGGAAUAAAGCGAGAUGUAAAUUCAAAGUGACCGUUGUCGAUACAGAACCACCAACAGUUCAUAAUUGCAUAGAUCCACUGAUAUUUUUUACCGAUAGUAGUCUUGGAGUAAGUAACAUAACUUGGGACGAACCUGAUUUUUACGACAACUCCAAGACACCUGUGCAAGUGGAGCAAAACUAUUUUCCAGGAAAUAACGCGUUCAAUUUCGGAUUAACAAAAGUUGUGUACUACGCUCUCGACAAAUAUACUAAUAAAGCAUCUUGUAUUUUGAAUAUUACCGUGAAAGAUAUAUGCGAAGAAGUCCCAAAGAUAUUAAAUGGUUUCUCGAAGUGUUCCUCGACACCAUUGAACAAGAUCAAUGAGUGCGCUUUGACUUGUGAAGAAGGAUACGGAUUCGCCGAAGGAUUAAAUCUUAGUAUUGUGGACAAUGCGUUGUUGUUAAAAUGCAACAGGAAUACAACUAAUUGGCUUGAGGAUAAUUACAUUCCGGACUGCUCAGAAUCAACAAACCCUAAGAGUAUAUCCCAGGAAGGAAGUAUUAUAUUAGAGGGAAAUGAGACAAAUGUGUGCGACAAUCGCACAACUCUACGCGAACUGAGCGAAUAUAUUACUGACGAUUUAAGAUUGACGUUACUCGACAUUUGCGGAAACGAUAUUGAAUGUAAUCUAAUUACAUUUGAUCCUGAAUGCAAGGAAACUGUUUUACCUCCAGACACAAUACCUACACAAAUUAAUAAUAAUAAUAAUUUGCCAACGAACCAUGUACACAAGAAAUCAAAACGAGAUGCUAAGGUAAAGAAUCCUAAAGAUAAAAAUAUGAAAGUGAAGAAGGAGAAACAGAAAAUCGAAAUCAAAUUCAAGGUUUUAGGAAAAAUAAUCAAUGAAUACUCUGAUGAUCCAAAAGAAGGGAUACAAAAGUUAAGGAAAAAGAUCGACACGAUGUCUAAAUCAGGAAAAUUAAAUUUGUUGAACAAUAGAACGAACGAAGAAAUCGCGAAACUCGCAUUGAAUUUACAUCUCGUUUUUAAUAAUCUCCAGGAACUAUGCGAUCCAGGGAGCGUUUUGAAGAAGCAUACUUGUGUAAAAUGCCCUUUGGGCACUUUCUUUAAUUCCUCAACUAAGAAAUGUCUGCCUUGCCCUGCUGGAGAGUACGAAAACACAACUGGGUCUCUCAAAUGCAAACGUUGUCCUGAAUAUACCUCGACGAAGAAAGCGCAUUCAAAAUCUCUACGCGACUGUAUACACUUAUGCAGACCAGGGUAUUAUUCACGAAAAAAGCGUUACCAGUACUUGCGUUUAGCACUAGAGCCAUGUGUAAUGUGUGACAUUGGAUUUUAUCAGCCAGACCAUGGACAAAAUCAUUGUCUUUCAUGUCCAUCCAAUUUCAGCACCAAAAAUCGUGGUGCUAAGAGCAUGAACGAUUGUUUGCCACUUCGAGCGAUUGAGCCUGAUGUUUGUGAUACAAAACCGUGUUUGAAUGAAGGACAAUGCACACAAGAAGAGGACAGCUUCAGUUGCGAGUGUUCCGAGUAUUAUAUCGGUUCCAAAUGCGAAAUGUUUCAAAAUCCGUGUAAUUCUUUCCCCUGUUUGAACGAAGGAAGUUGCGACGUUCAAAGUUUUUCAAACGGUACAAUAUUCUACACUUGUACAUGCAAAAAUGGAUAUUCGGGUCGCGAUUGUGAGUUGUACAUUGAUGAAUGCGCGAUUAAUCCUUGCCAAAAUAAUGGAACAUGCGUCAGCACGGAGAACGACUACAGUUGUGAGUGCAAGAACGGAUUCGAAGGAGAAUUUUGUGAGAUCGCUGUGAAUUAUUGUGAUCCUUCACCUUGCAUGGAAGGAUCUACUUGUCGCAACGUUAACAAUACAUGGCAAUGCUUCUGUAAAUCUGGUUUUUAUGGUCGUUAUUGCAAUCUGUUGCCGUGUGAUUGGCUACCGUGCAACGAGAAUUCGUAUUGUAUCAAUAUCGAAGAUCAAAAUGCGACGAGACUGAGUUAUAGGUGCGAAUGUGUAGAUGGGUACAGUGGAGAGAACUGUACUAUAAAAAAAGAUUACUGCGAGAGUAAUCCAUGUUUGAACAAUGGAAAAUGUGUUAACAAAGCUUCUAGUUACACGUGCAUUUGCCGUGUUCCAUUUACUGGACUCCACUGCGAGACUGAAUUGUCAUCGGAUUAUGUGAUACAUUUCGUCAAAUCGGGAACUACGGAUUAUGUCAGCAUAAAAGGUCCAUCUACAAAUCUUUCAGAGAUAUCAACAUGCUUGUGGUUGCAAGCAAAAGAUACAUUUAAUUAUGGUACUGUGUUAUCGUACGCGACACGCUACUACGAUAACGCAUUCACUUUAACUAACUAUAAUGGGUUUGUAAUAUAUCUCAAUAGCCAGAAAGUAGUAACUGACAUUAAAGUAAACGAUAGUCAUUGGCAUUUCGUUUGUUUCACCUGGGAGGUGAAAAAUGGUUCAUGGGAAAUAUUUGUCGAUGGUAUUUUAAGAGAUAAUGGUACCCAUUUAGCAAAAGGAAGUCCUCUUCAAGGUAACGGAACAUUCGUAAUCGGACAAGAACAAGACCGAAUCGGAGGAGGAUUCUCAGAAUCGGAAUCUUUUGUGGGAAAAUUAACAUUAUUAGACGUUUGGAAUUCGGUUUUAACAGUGACAGACGUCAAUCAGUUGUUUAACUCCUGCGAAAAAUACUAUGGUGACAUAAUUGCAUGGUCACAGGUGCAAGAGCACAUUCAUGGUGACGUUAUUAUACUGAACAGCCCAUUCUGCCGUGGGUGUCCCAUGCCCGUUGUUCCUUUUAAAGGUAACAUAAAUGUCAGUGAAGACGCACUAAGUAUCACUUACUACUGCGAGAAUGGGUAUGUAGUACGGUUUCAUGGUAAAGAGUACCGGUCUUUGAAGGUAAAGUGCCUGAAGCAUGGUCAGUGGGAGGGAUACUACACACCAGUUUGCGCCAGAAGAAGAUGCGGCUUUCCUGGAUAUUUUCCACGAGGCCGUAUGCACGGUAGAUCAUAUUUAUUCGGAGAUGAGAUAUAUUAUUCUUGUUUAAUUGGCUAUGAACUUCGAGGAAAUCCACGCAGAAUUUGUAACGCAAAUGGAAAAUGGAGUGGAUUGGCUCCUAUUUGCAUAGGCAAAACCUGCAGAAAUCUGUUAGCUCCGGAACAUGGGGACAUCGAGUAUGUGAUAGAGGAAUAUGAAAGAGACGAUCUUUCAAUCUUACAGGUUGGACAGCAAAUCGAGUUUAAAUGCGAUCCAGGAUUUCGUUUGUUCGGAGAAAGAAUGCUAACGUGUGUGGAAUCUGGAGUUUGGGAUCAUGAAAGACCUACAUGUAUCGCUUAUGGAUGUCCACCGCCAAAAGAAAUUUUGAACGGAUAUAUCAUUUCUAUAAAAUCAAACAAUUUACACGAAUCUUCAGCCAAUAAUGUCACAAUCGACAAAAAUUAUGAUUUUAAUGACGUCGUUGGAUAUUCUUGUCAAUCAGGACAUAAGUUCCAAGAUAGUCACGUAUUAUUAAGCGAAUUCAAACUUCAAUGUACCGAGAAUGGUACUUGGACAGGAUUUGUCCCUGACUGCGUACCUUUGAGGUGCCCUUGGCCCAGAAUCGUGAAUAAUGGAAAGUUGUCGCUUAUUACACAAGAAAAUAAUACCUUUGAACUUCCUAAUGAGCAGACAAUAAUUAAUGACACGAAUAUCAAAAUCGCGUUGAAUGUAAAUAACAAUGAUUCCAAGCAAUAUCAAAAUUUAGAGGACCAAUUUAUUGUUGGUACUCAAAUUCUUAUUCAAUGUAACAUAGGAUAUAAAUUAAUCGGCGAUAGUGUUAAAAUUUGCGAAAGUAAUGAAAAGUGGUUGUCCACACCAACGUCUUGCGAGCCCCAAGAAUGUCCAAUCGUGGAACAUCCAUUUUUUAAAAUCAUUAACAGAACACAGAAUCAAAAUAAGAAAUUGAAUGACGUCGAAUCGUACGGUGGUUUCUACAAAAAUUUACGGUAUUUUGUACAAGGCUAUACCUACAUGAAAAAUAUAGUUCUUAUCUGUAAGGACAACAAUAAAAUGAAAUUAAGUAACGAAGAUUUAACUUUUUCUAACUUAACUUGGAUUUGCAAUGAACAUGGUCAAUGGCAAAUAGUUGAUACACCUUUAAAUGACAUUAAUGAAUCUGUACUUAACAAUGAAAUAGAUAAUAUUUGCCAGGAAUCUACGUGUUCUUCGGUUGCAUUUCCAGAGCACGGUUACAUUGUAGAGAAAAAUUACUCGAAAAAUGUUAACAGUAGUAUAAUGUUCAAAUGUAAUGAAGGAUACAUUCUUGAAGGGAAUGAAAAAUCUGUUUGCUUGUCAAACAACACAUGGUCCGAUAUCCCUUUUUGUAAACCUAUAACAUGUGGAAAACCACCGAAAGUUGCAAACGCUGUAUUGAACAAAAAUUAUAUCACCACUGUAAAUUUUACGUUCGAUGACACAAUUACGUAUGAAUGCAUACCUGGCUACAUAAUGUAUGGAAAACCGGAUGCGAAGUGUCUUUCAAAUGGGAAAUGGUCUCGAGCAUAUAGCAGAUGUUCAAAACUGUCAUGUAACAAACCAAAACUUCCACCCGGAAUAAUCAUUCGUGGUCGUUCCUACUUGUAUCAAGAUCAGUUGACGUACAUAUGCCCCAAUAAGAAGCAAGGAUUGAUUACGUGCAAAGCAGAUGGGCAUUGGAGCGAACCACCGAAAUGUAACGCAUAAUAAAAGAAUAAUCAGAAUUCUAUACAUGUAGAAGUUAAAAUAAAUAAAACAUUUUGUCAAAUUUAGUAA